AUGCCAGCCGAACGACAUCUGUCUCAACAGCCCACACAUUGGGAAGAAACACCCACGCCACUUGAAGCACCAUUGGCCGUCCAAAUGUUGCAAAGUUUCCUAUUCUUGUCAUCCGUCGUCAGGUCCGGCUUGAGCUCGGCAAGCCACGACGCUUCAAGGGCAAAGCUUGGCACCUGGACACUCUCCAAUAAUGACAUCAGCUGCGAGGAUGGCACUUGUUCUUAUUCCUUCAACAUAGAGGAAGAGGAGAGCGGUGUUACAGACGCCUGUAGGUUCGAGACCCAUGGCAGCAGUCGCGCCCCGGCGAAUCAGACAAACUUCGAGAGCGUUAGGUGCGGCAGAGACGGGCAAUAUGCCGUGAAUGGUGGCUACGUGGUAGACAACACCAAGACGACGGGGGUCGUCCUGGUCAUUACAAACACUGUCCGGGCCUCGUGGGCCUUCUUUGGCUAUAAUUGGGAUGAGAUUGCGGAUGGGCCCUCGAAAGUCUCGCCAUCUUAUCCUCUCGGGGAGUUCCCAGCCACCAAUGGGGAAUUUGAAGAUGCAGUCGACCAUUCUAGGGUUUGCUGCCUAACCUUGGGUUCAGGUUCGGUGUCUCCUCUCUGGAAUGUUCGAGUUGUGGAUGAAGUUGGUGUGCACGUCGAUGCCAUGCUCUUGGACCACGAUGAUGAUGAUGAUAUGUGCUGCGUGAUCAACUUGGCACCCCCUGAAGGCAUCGACCCCAGGUCUUGGAGUUUAUUCCACCAGAAGUGUCGCGCUAACAAUUGGUCAAUGUCUCGGGGUUAUCAGCCCGUCCACGAUAGUGCUGUGAUGGUUUUUUCGGACUCUGACAAUGCAAUCCAGGCCUGGUUCGCUUGGAACGAGGUCAACUCGAUGAUCGAGCUGUAUGCUCCAUCCUCUGAUGACAAGGAGACGUUGUGCGCCUGCUAG